GGCGAAACCCACAGUCAAGUGAAUAACUGCUAAUCGUCGAACUUGACUGGCAAGGAACAGUGUAUUUGUCAACACAUAUUUGGGGGAGGUUGUUAGUUCCGUUCACGUGAAUGGACAUCUGUAAACUAAUACACAAGAAUGAUCCAUCGGUGUCUCCGGUGUCACCGACCAGAGUCGAACCGGAGCUGACGAAGAGAGUCCGUAACGAUGAUGAAGGAGGGAACAAAAGGGCACGUUUGGAAAAUAAUGUGGGGCAAGAAGAUACACCAAAGCUUUCCAGAGGAACCAACGAACCCAAGCGGCCGGUGCAUGGAGACGCUGUUGCAAUAAGCGAGAACUCCGAGUCGCCCAACUCGUCGGAGUACAAUUCAGAUUUUUCAGCCACAAACAGCAGAAGGUCGACGGUUACCUCUGUACCUUCGGAUGAUGAGGUAGAUACAGCAAGCAUCAACUCUUGUGAAAGUCUUUUGGCACUCAUAGCAAACUUGAAGUCCAAACCAGUACAGCUCGAAGGCAUACAAUUCAUAGACGAGCUGUUACAAACCACAGACAGACAGUUAUUGUUGGCCAGAUUGCAUCAGAAAUACGUGGAGCCUUUACUUGAUUUAACUGGAUAUAAAUGGAUAAGGAAGGAGUUGCCUAGCAAAGGGAAAGGCGUCAAGAUCUUUUCGAUUAAGUACACUUGUUCUCAGCAAUCAAAUUGUCCAAAUAACCCACCAAAUACAGUCGAUAGGACCCGAAAGUUCAGCAAUCCACUCAAACAGUAUGACUGUAACUCGAUGUAUUCCAUCAAGUAUAUCUGGUCAAGUCUGACUGUGGUAAUUACAUAUAAGCAUUCUCCACACUCACCAUACAAAAGGCUUCCAGAAAAAUUGAAGCCAUAUAUCCUAGACAGACUACAGAUGAAAGCAGUUGACUUGUACAAUGAAAUACUUCAAAAUGAAGAGUUCAGUGACAUCAAGCACUUGAUUUUCUUCAGCAAGGUUCAAAGCUUCUGGUCCAAGCAACGCAUUAUUCAGAAAGAAAAGUCCACCAAAGAGGCUUUCGAGAGAUUUUUUAAGGACUAACAGUAACUAUUACCAAUAUGUCGUGUAUAUAGUAACGAAUGACGAUCAAG